AUGCCCGGCGCUGGUGCGGCGAUGCCCGGAUACGCCAACAGCAACGCGAGCAGUACGCUGCCCGGCUCCCCCAGCAGCAGCCGCCACACGCGAAAGUUUUCCGUAGACACUUGCUCGACGCAAAAGAGCAUCAAGUAUGGAAAGGGCAAGUACGCCGACGUCGAGCUCAUGCCGCAACCCAGCGAUGAUGCUGACGAUCCACUGAACUGGCCACAAUGGAAAAAAGACGUCAACCUCGCCGCCCUCGUCUCCGUCGUCGGCCUCGUCGGCGCCCUCAAGACCAUCUUCCUCACCACCAGCGCCCUCGCCGCUGAGCACUACCGCACCUCGUACCUCGCCAUCGCCGCCCUCACCGGCGUGCCCCUCAUGCUCUCUGCCGUCUCCGGCGCCGGCGCCUGCGUCGUCGCCCGCAUCUACGGCCGCCGUCCCGUCUACUUACUCGCCACCGCCGCGCUCCUUGUCGGAUCCAUCUGGAACGCGACCGCCGUCGGCAGCUACGGGUCCUGCAUGGGCGCGCGUCUGCUGCAGGGGCUUGGCUGGGGCGUCUUUGACACGCUCGUCAUGACGUCCAUCCAAGACACCUACUUUGAGCAUCAGCGUAAUCUCCGCGUGACGCUCUACAACAUUGUCAACAUUGCCGCUACAUGGGGCACACCCCUCAUCGGCGGCGCCAUCUCCGCCACGCACCGCUCCGACGCCAUCCUGUACCAGUUUCGCCCGAUCAGCGGGCUCUUUAUGCUCGUCGCCAUGCCGCUCAUCUGCCUCGCCGCGCCCGAAACGGCCUUUGACCGCUCACGCGCCGCCGCCGCCACCGCGCCCUCGACCCCCGUCUCCGGCUUCACGAUCUCUUCGCACCGCCGCCGCUGCUGGCAGCCCUGGCGCGCCAGGCACCGCCUCACCGGGCCCCGCGUCCUCGCGUACCUGCGCUCCAUGCGGCCGCUGACCUUUUCCAGGUCGUCGCCAUGCGGCGGCGGCGGCGCCACGUCCACCACCGUCCUGCUGCUGCAGGUGCCGCGCGCUCUUGUCGCGCCCACCACGGUCCUCGUCUUCUUGCUCGGCGUCCUGCCCGGGUCCGCGCUCUGGGGCCUGUGCGGCUCGCUGGCGCUGCUGCUCGCGCCGCAGCCGGUCGGUGCGGAGCCGGCGGCGCUCGGCACGCUCAUGACGGGCCCGUGGAUCGUGCCUACCGUCAUUGUGGCCGCGCUGGCGCUGUAUCGCGGCGUGCACCUGCAGUUUACGCAGUUGGCCAACUGUCUCGUCGUCUGCGGCGGCUCUUCGCUCGCUCUGAUUGGCAUCUUGUCCUUUGGUCUCGGCCUCGACAACUUUAUGCGGCCCCCAGCAUCAGCAUCAUCACCACCGCACCCCGCCGCCGCUUCGCUCUUUUCCGUCGACGGCGCCGGCCAGCUCAGCUUUCCCCUCCUUUCCUUUCAGCUCGCCAUUCUCGCCGCCGGCACCGCCGUCCUCGACGCGGCGACCCGCCCGACGCUCGCGCGGUCGGCCUCGUUUACGUCUUCCAACAUGGCCAUGGCGCUGCGCAGCAUCGGCGACAUGCACACGGGCGUCAUUGUGCUGCGCAACCUCGCCGCGGGCGUCUUUACACUGGCCGUGCCUGCUGCCAUCGUCGCGCACCACCACCACCACCACGCGGGCGGGCUCAAGGCCAUGGCGCUCGGCCUGGGUGUCGCCCAAGUCGUCGUUUCGGCCGUCAUUGUCGCGCUGCGCUGCUACUUUGACGAGGCGAUAUGGCGUGCCGACGGCAAAGUCAUGGGCUUGGUCGACCUGAGCAGCUUGAAGCUCGCGGCUAGCUUCUUUGACACGGACUAA